AGAUGACACAAUCAAAUUAGCACAAGGUUCCUCCAUGUGAGCAGGUAGUAGAAGUCGUCAUCGUCAAUAAAAAAACAAAUGGAAGUCCAGGCUCUACCAUGGCUUACCAAUCCUUUCAAGGUACCCCAUUUAUACCUUCCACCAUCAUAGAUAAUUAUUUCCCACUUGUAAUAAAAUCUCCAAGAAAUGCUCCUCUCCAUUAUACUUCCUACCAAACUUUGGCUGCCAUUGCUUCUCACAAAAAAUGACGCCAACAACUACUACUCUCCCCAAACCCACUUCCAAAUCCUUGCUUCGUGGCCCUUCUAUGCUUAAUCAAGCAAAACCCAUUUCGUUCCUCCGGUUUCCAGCUUCGAAAUCUGAUUUUUUUGGAUUAAAGAAUAAAGCUCUGUCAAAGACCAUGACUGAAUUGGUCAGAAUAUCUGUUUUUAGAGCUAGUUAUGGUGGUAACAGUGAAGAAAGUACAGGAUCUUUUCAGCAAGGAGAUGUUAUUCAUGGGCCUAAUAAGUUUCAAAGUGUGCUCUUGGCUGGUGGACUGGAAGCCACUCUCAAUUGCCUGAGCAAAUGGCUUGUAGUUACUUUUUUUGGUGCUGUCAUUCUUGGGAGGCAUGAUGCAAAAGCCAUGUGGGCUGCUUUGGGGUUAGUUGUGAAUUCAAUCCUCUCUGUAAUCCUUAAGAGAACAUUCAACCAAGAGAGACCCGAUUCCACAUUGAGGUCUGACCCUGGGAUGCCAUCUUCACAUGGACAGUCCAUCUUCUUCACUUUGGUGUUCGCUAUUCUGUCAGUUGGGGAAUGGCUAGGAGUAAAUGAAUUCACAUUGAUCCUCAGUGCAUUUAUGCUAGCAUUUGGCACAUAUCUUAUUCACUAUUUCUUAAACAUUAUCUUUCAGCUCCCCUGGGUGACCUGUUCCGGGUUAUCUAGGUCAACUCAACUCUUUUAAUUCAUGACCCCAUUAUUUUACCAGACAAAUUUCUAUCGGAUUUAAUAACUAUGAUUCGCAUGUUUGUAUCUCACCAACCGUUUUGAAGACAUGGUUACGUGUCUCACAAGGACUUCAUACAAUCAACCAAGCUGUGGUCGGUGCUGCUGUUGGGUCCAUUUUCUCCAUUUUGUGGUUCUGGUCUUGGGAUGCAUUUGUGCAGAAAGCAUUUAUUUCCUCUCUCUGGGUUCG